AUGGCCGGCCUCUACGGUACUGCCAACGGGCACCACCCGGACCCGCGUCGCACCGGCCCCGAUGCCGAGCGCCAGCCGCUCCUCGGCAAGCCAUCAUCGCCGCGCGCCUCCGGCCUCGCCGGCCUCCGUCGGACACUCAAAUCCAACGUCACGCGGGACUGGGCCGACCUCAUGCUGCUCUUCUGCUACGUCGUCACCGGCCUUCUCGACAGUGCCUCGACCCAAGUAUGGGGGGCCUUUGUCUCCAUGCAAACCGGAAACACCGUCUACGUCGCCCUCGGCAUCGCCUCCCUCAUCUACCCGCCCAUCAGCCCGCGGCUCUACCGCUCCGGCGCGUCGCUGCUCUCCUUCUGCGUCGGCUCGCUGCUCUUCGCGCGCUUCCAGCGGUCCUUUGGCGCCACCCGCCGCUGGGUGCUGUGCGCCUCCUUCCUCGCGCAGACGGCGCUCGCCGCGCUCGCCGCCCUCGUGGUGACGCUGACGCCGCCGCCGGCCGGCGACGGGGACGCCGGCUGGACGGUGCUGCUGCCGGUCGUGCUCGUCUCCCUGCAGGCCAGCGGCCAGGCGGUGGCCAGCCGCGCGCUCCGCCACAACGCGCUCACCAGCGUCGUGCUCACCAGCAUCUACUGCGACCUCUUCUCCGACCAGCGCCUGUUCAGUCGGGACAAUGUGGAGAGGAACAGGCGCGCGGCGGCUCCGCUGCUGCUGCUGCUGGGCGCGGUGGCGGGGGGCGUAUUUGCGCACUCGCCGGUGGGCAUCGAGGGCGCCUUGUGGACGGCGGCGGCGCUGAAGCUCGUCAUGGUGGGCAUCUGGUCCGUCUGGCCGGAAGAUGAGGCAGAGGAUGAGGAGUAG